AUGAGAAUUGAGAGCAUCAAGUUGUUUGGCUGGGCUUGUACCUAUCUAUUCUGUGCAGCUCACGUGUUAAACACUAGUUCAGAAAAGCCGGAGGAGAAAGGACAGCCAGACGAAUACGAGGAUUGGGUGGAUUCCCCAGACGACGACAUCUUGGAAGAAGAUGAAGGAGUUGCUCCAUUGGAUGAUGAUGAUGACUAUGAUUACGAUGACGAUGGCGAUGGCGAUGACGACGCUGAUGACGAUUACUAUGAAGACUAA